GGUAUUUUGUCAAAUAUUACACGCGCAUUGAAAGUUGAUAUGGCUGCAGUUAGUUUUCAUCUAGUUUUUGUCGCGUAAUGAGAAUGUAAUCAAGACAAUGGCAAACUUUGGUAAAGGCAAAAGAAAUGGGCAGUACUGGCAGAGACAGUCAGUAUACACUCCAUCAUUCAUGGAUCUUGAGAAAUACCUUCCGAAGCCUAAGGAUAGUGAUCUACCUGCAUUCACCCGGAAAACCCCAAAGCAAUCUACAGUUAUUAGACCAACAGAAUAUAAGUCAAACAAUUAUGCUCUGUAUAAUGACAGAAGCAGCACGAACUCUAAUUCUUCAACCUCUAAAUGUACAAACACAGCAACUUCUUCAGAUCACGCAGCAAUCAGUGUGAAUGUCACUAAUGAGCAAAGAACAAUAAGCUUAAGUCAUGGGAAGACACUGAACAGCUUGAGUAGAGAAAGUAUUGGGAGAAGACCACCUAAACGUCGUCAUCACUCCACUGUAACUCCAGACUUUCAAGAUGAAGUCAUAACCAAACGAGUGAAAAGAUAUUACAGUACCUCCCAAGCAACAUGUAAUAAUACUGCUAGGUCAUUAAGAUUUCAGCAGUUUGAAGUAGAACCCCCUGUGUUUACCCUGGAAACACUUACCCAAGAGAUACAAGAGGAAACCUUGAAAUGUGUGCAAACUGUUGAGACACUACAAAAGAAAUUAAAGUUGAAAUCUUUUCUAGAAAGAACUUUGUCACCAUUUUUUCCAGGUUGUUCUUUACAUCUUUGUGGCUCGUCAAGCAAUGGCUUUGGUGGUAAUACUAGUGAUGCUGAUUUCUGUUUGAUUUUAAAACAUCUACAGCAGUCAAAUAACCGGAAAGAAGCUCUGCCAAUUUUGAGGAAAAUUCAGAGAGUAUUGGACAAUGACCCUAAAAACACUUUCCUUAGUAGAUGUGCAGUUAUUCCUGCAAGUGUACCAAUUUUGAAAUUCAAGGAUAUGAUCAGUGGCUGUGAGUGUGACAUCAACAUUAAUAAUAUUGUAGGUUUGAGGAACACCCACUUGCUCAGAGCUUACUGUGGAGUGGAUUAUCGUGUCCAGCCACUGGUGAUGUUGGUGAAGAGGUGGGCCAAAACACACAACAUCAAUGAUGCUAGCUUGGGUACACUCUCUAGCUAUGCUCUUGCUCUGAUGGUCAUUCACUAUCUACAAGGUGUUUGUAAACCUGCUGUAGUUCCUGUCUUACAAAGGCAAUAUCCAGCAUUGUUCAGAUACACAAGCGAUUUCUCAAGCCUUUUAACCCUGAAUCCGUGUAAACAUAUGGUCUGCAACCAAUCAGAGAACAGACAAUCUAUAGGAGAGCUAUUUAUUGGAUUCUUCAAAUACUAUGCUGCAGAUUUUAGCUGGAGUACUGAUUAUAUUUCCAUUGCACUUGGUGCUGCUUAUCCACGAGACUCACAACGUAGAAGGAAGUUGGUUUGUGUAGAAGAACCAUUUGAUGGAAAUAAUGUCGCCAAAGCUGUCUGCAGUGUUGAAAAAUUCGAAAACAUCAAAAUGAAAUUCAGGCUGGCGUGGCAUACACUCAAUAUAUCACCAAGUCUGGAGAGUAUCAAGGUUACCUGACUAAAACAUUGAAUGUAAAACCACGCGAAUGGCCAUUUUUGUCAUGCAAUGCAAAAUUGAACACGAAUGUAAGAUAAGACGGCGCGAUUGCCGGCUUUGACAACCUCGACCUCGGCAAACCUAGCUUUUAUCAUGGCAAGA